AUGGACAUGGCAUAUAGAACGAUAUCAUCUACUGAUCUAAAAUCGAUUGAGAAGUUGAACUUUACGUUUUCCACUCUGAAUGUCACUCCUUCCACUACUAGUUUUGAUCUAUUGAAUGACUCUACGUAUGUUAGUACUCCGAGAGGGAUCCAGUGCAAUAACUUCUAUUCUAAUAAUUCGAGCCAAUCGUCGCUUGUAUCGCUAGAGUAUAUAAGAUCAGCAUCACCUAAGCCAGUCAAGAAUGCUCAGAAGAUUGAUACCAAUCCUUGUUCGGGUAUAGAAUUACAGGAGAGAAUACCCUUGAUAUUUAAGAAGAAUCAGGAUUUGAACCAAUAUUUCCAUAAAGAGUUUUAUUUUGCCAGCAAUUUAUCCAAUUUGAAUCAGGUUUUGAUGAACAAUAACGAAGAGUUUGAAUUUGAAGAAGGAUUGAUAUUGCAUCCCAUAUCCAGGCUGAUUGCCCCCAAACAUUAUAAGCAGAUGAAUGAAAUGAUUGACCAAAUAAUUGAAUUGCUUGACUCGAUCAUCAAACUCAUUGAAGAUUCAAAUGAAGACUUAUUGAAGAAAUACGAUGAAAUGGUGAAACGUCCCUUGAAAUUGGCCAUGUUGACCAAUUCCAGAUUAUACCAUAAUUUUGAGCAUUCAAGAUUAAUGAUGGAAUCCUUAAUCACCUCGAAAAAACUUUUCGAAGCAUAUGUUUUCAACGCUGACCUGUUUAACGCUUUGGUUGAUGAAUUAAUCAACUUGAUUUUUGACUAUAACCAAUACGUUAGUGAUUAUGAUUUGGGAAGAGACCCUUCCACCUCCACCACCAAGACUACAGAUACUACGGACCUUUUUGAUAAAAUCGACCAUGUUGAAUCAUUUACUAAUACAAAAGACUGUUAUCGCCAAUUUGAAUCCUUACUAGUUGAAAAUUUUUUUGUUUUCAACGAAUUUACCAUUAAAGGUCAAGAAUUUAUUAAAAAACUGGCUAUUUAUGAAAAAUUCAAUUACGAAAUUGUCUCCUUGGAUGACCAUUUGAAAUUUUCAAAUUAA